UGGGGAAUGUCACAGAAAACCUAGACAAGCCCAUAAUUCUCUACCUCUGUCUAAUUUGGUUGUUUUGAAGAAGGAAAUUCAAAACAGUCUCUGGGAGUUUCAACAGGUUCAAAUUUUUUCUUUGGUUAAUAAAAUUUACUCUUUACAUUCUAUCUAUUUAGUCAAUUUCUUCAAGUUAGGGCAUUUUCAGUCACUAUAGGAGCAAAAACCCAUUUAGAAAAUCUUGAAUCUAGGGGUUUAGCAUGCUCUGCUCUGCAACUUAAAUGAUAGGGGAAUGCUGUAUAAUUGAGCUUCAUGUUUUGUUGUAUAUAUACUCUGUUAAGUGGAUAUUGUUGAUUUGAAACUUUGUUGAAAUGGGUAAUGUGGAAAUACCCAAAUGGCUUAAAGACUUGCCCUUGGCACCUGAAUUCCGGCCUACUGAUACUGAAUUUGCAGACCCAAUUGCUUAUAUAUCGAAAAUUGAGAAGGAAGCUAGUUUCUUUGGUAUAUGUAAGAUUGUACCACCCGUGCCCAAACCUUCCAGAAGGUAUGUUUUUUGUAAUUUGAAUAAGUCCCUCUCCAAAUGUCCGGAAUUGGGUGAUGGUGUAGAUUUGUCAAAUGUUUCUUCAUCAUUGAAAACGGGUUUUGCUGAUUGUGGUAAUGAAGAGGAAGCUAGAGCUGUAUUUACGACCAGGCAUCAGGAGUUGGGACAGGGUACGAAGAGAACAAAAGGGAUGGUUAAGGAGAGCCCCCAAUUGGGUGUUCAUAAGCAAGUAUGGCAAAGCGGGGAGAUUUACUCGUUGGAACAGUUUGAGUCCAAGUCCAAGGCUUUUGCAAGGAGUUUGUUGGGUAUGAUUAAGGAGGUUAAUCCGUUGGUUAUAGAAGCAUUGUUCUGGAAGGCAGCUUCAGAAAAGCCUAUCUAUGUGGAAUAUGCAAAUGACGUGCCUGGGUCAGGUUUUGGAGAGCCAGAGGGUCAGUUUCGGUAUUUUCAUCGACAAAGAAGGAAGAGGGCAUCAUAUAAGUCCUAUCGAAGGAGUGCAGCAAGUUCUGAUUGCAAGAAAAAUGAAACGGAUAAUGUAAAUAGUUCAUGUAACGAUGAAGUCAAGGGCGAUGCAUUUAAGAAUGACCCAAGUACAUCUUCAGGACCAACACCCAGAUCAUCUAUUACUUUUUCAACUUCAAUUUUGGAGGAAAAUUUGGGAUCUUCUAAGCAAAAAAUUCUAAAUGCUGGCAGUGACAUGGAAGGUACUGCAGGUUGGAAGCUUUCCAACAGCCCUUGGAAUCUGCAAGUAAUCGCACGCUCACCUGGAUCAAUCACACGUUUCAUGCCUGAUGAUAUCCCAGGUGUUACUUCCCCUAUGAUUUAUAUUGGUAUGCUGUUCAGUUGGUUUGCUUGGCAUGUUGAAGAUCAUGAGCUUCACAGCAUGAAUUUUCUUCAUACUGGUUCUCCAAAGACUUGGUAUGCUGUCCCUGGAGAUUAUGCAUUUGCAUUCGAGGAAAUUAUAGGUACUGAGGCUUAUGGUGGCAGUAUUGAUCGCUUAGGUGUCCUGACAUUGUUGGGUGAGAAGACAACCCUUUUGUCACCUGAGGUGGUAGUUUCAUCCAACAUUCCUUGUUGUAGGUUAAUACAGAAUCCAGGUGAAUUUGUUGUGACUUUUCCAAGGGCUUACCAUGUAGGAUUCAGCCACGGUUUUAACUGUGGGGAAGCUGCUAAUUUUGGAACUCCACAAUGGCUGAAAGUAGCUAAGGAGGCUGCGGUACGCAGAGCUGCCAUGAAUUAUCUUCCCAUGCUUUCCCAUCAGCAGCUGCUGUACCUGUUGACUAUGUCUUUUGUUUCAAGAGUACCCAGAUCACUGCUACCUGGCGCUCGGAGUUCUCGUCUUAGAGACCGUCUGAAAGAAGAAAGAGAGUUGUCAGUGAAGAAGGCUUUUAUAGAAGAUAUGUUGAAAGAAAACAGCAUUUUAUCUGCUCUUAUUGGGAAAGAUUCCACUUACAAUGUGGUAAUAUGGAACCCUGAUUUAUUGCCAUGUGCAAGUAAAGAGUCUCAAUUGCCUAGUACUAUUUCUAUCACAUCAGAAGAGAAUGUUUCCCAUGCUUAUUCUGAAGAUAAAAGUAGCCCUACUGGGAAUGAUCUGUUUAAGGAGAUGACUUUGUACAUGGAAACUCUCAAUGAUUUAUAUAUGGACGAUGAUGAUUUAUCAUGUGAUUUUCAAGUUGAUUCAGGAACAUUGGCAUGCGUGGCUUGUGGGAUCCUUGGUUUUCCAUUUAUGUGUGUGGUGCAACCAUCUGAGAGAGCAUCAAUAGAACUUCUUCCGGUGGAUCAUCCUUUGGUUCAAGAAGGAUCAAAUGCUGAAAAAUAUAAAAAUUACCAUUCCUUUGCAGCCUGUGAUGGCUCUAUCAGGGGCUCUGUUCCAGAUGAUCUCCAUCCUGUGCCUGAUCUUUCUCUGCCUCUGAAGGAUCUGCAAAUGCCUGGAGGGUGGAAUAAUUCUAGUAAAUUUCUGAGACCUCGGAUUUUCUGCCUGGAGCAUGGUGUCCAAAUUGAGGAGCUGUUGCAGUCUAAAGGUGGAGCAAACAUGCUUAUAAUUUGCCAUUCAGACUAUCAGAAAAUAAAGACACAUGCUGCUGCCAUUUCAGAGGAUAUUAGUAUUUGUUUCAAUUACAAUGAGGUUCCACUGGAAAGUGCAUCUCAGGAAGAUCUGAACUUGAUAUAUCUGGCAAUUGAUGAUGAAGACCACGAUGAAUGUGGAGAAGACUGGACCUCAAAAAUGGGGAUCAACUUACGUUACUGUGUAAAGGUUAGAAAGAACGCUCCAUCUAGAAAAGUUCAGCAUGCUUUAGCAUUGGGGGGACUUUUUUCUGAUGUAAGUUCCAGUUCAGAUUUCUUAAACAUAAAAUGGCAAUCCAGAAGAUCAAGGUCAAGAACUAAGUUAACUCGGCCAGCUUACUGUAAGCCACAUGACAAUGUUGAAAGAAAGAAAGAUGAUGCAUUGGGGAAAAUAUCAGGUGGAGUGAAUAUUGAGAAGGGAGAAAAACUCAUUCAAUAUACGAGAAGGAAGUACAAGGUGAAAAUAGAUUGCUCCACAAGUUGGGGUCAAGGCUGCCCCAGGAAUCACAUGGAAGAAGAAGCUUCAGUUGUUAAUUGUGAAGAUCUCAUGAAGCAUACUGGAAAAACAUCUAAGAUUAGUCCUUGUAAUGUUGAGACCAGUGGAAGUGAUUCUGCAGGAUUUGAUUUCUCUCCCAUUGGAAUGUCUGGAGUACUGCAUGAAGUCCAGGUGCUUGAAGCAACUGACAAUAUGAGCUUGAAUUCUGCACCUUUACAUGUUGCUGGUUCACUUCUAACUGCUAGUGUAGCUGUUGAACAAGUUGUAAGAGAUGUUGAGUGUCAAAUUUUGGAAGAAUCAAAAGGCUAUGAGAUUGGCUGCAACGUAGCAGCCUGUGGUAGUUCGGAGAUGCAGCAUGAAGAAAAGGUCACUGGAGGAACUAGUGAGGUUGAGGAUUCUAAUGCGAUAGAAUGCUCUAUUCCAUUUGUAAUUGCAGCUGAUGAAAGAUUUGGAAUACAAGGAGAGUAUCAAAUAAUGGAAAAGAUCAUCAACCUCAGGCAUGAGACUUGUAGCAUGGUUUCUAAAGGACAGCACAAAGACCUGACUGGUAAAGAUGUUUUGACAAAUGAGGUUUCCGAUCUUUCCAUCUCAGUAAGUUUGCAUGCCUCUUGUCUGCCUGCAGGGCAAAUGGAGAGCAUAGUUGCUAAGAAAUCUUGCAUGAAUAAUGAGGUUACUGGUCGUAUGACUUUGGGCGAUGAAUUGCAGCUAAAACUCCCAACUACAGGCAAAAGUGACUGUAGCCAAAGCAUUUCAUAUGAUGACAAACUAAAAAAUCAGCAUUCUACCUUAGUGGAAGAAAGGGCUGGAUUUCCACAAGAAAACUGUUUUGCGGAAGAUAAACUGCAAAAUGAAGUUGCAAUUACUGGUGGAAGUAAGGGGGAGGAACUCAUUUCAGGCAAUAUUCGAUUGGUAAAUUGUGUCUCUGUGGGUGGAAGUUCUGAAAUUUUGAGGGAGCCCUGUGCUGCAGUCGACUUGUGCAAUGGUGUGACUUCAGAGAACAGGGGGCAGCAAGCAAUUCAGACCACAAAUGAAAGAAAAGUAGAGCACAUCUCGUGUCCUUUGACACAAAUGGAUAUAGAUCAACCUACUACCUCUUCACUGGAAGGAUAUCAUGAAGUUAUUGGAGGGAUCUCAGCUAAAGGGGACUUGUUCACUGGCUCAGUUUCUGAUUCUGAAAUACUGUUAGAAAUUUCAACUGCUAACAGAAGCAAUGUGGAGGAAGUAAUCCCUAAUUCCCCUGCUCAAAUGCAAGAUCCAAUUGUUCCUUGUUCAGUUGGGGAAUAUUCUGAAGCUCCAAGAGAGAAAUGUAUUGCUGAAGACUUGUCUAUUGGUGUCAAUUUAUACACUGACUUGCAGCAGCAAAUUCACUCAGAUGAUUGGGUGACUAGGGAUGAUGAAGGGCACAAAAUAUGUCAGACUACGAGUGCAACUAAUGAGGAACCUCUCUCUAGCCAAGUUACGCAGAUAAAUCAGCCUAAUCCAGACCCAUUUAAAAAAUGUUCUGGAACUGAUGAAGAAUCUUGCACAAUAGAAAAUAUUAUGCUCAAGGGCCAAGAAGUUUGUUCAUCAUGUGAAUUGGAAAGUACCAAAUCCACGGUGGUAGGUCCUAGAUCAACUGCUGGGAAGGGCAGAAAAAGGAAAAAUGAAGUUGAGCAGCUAACAGACAAGACAUUAAAUUGCAGUGGCUUUAUUAAAAGCCCAUGUGAGGGAUUGAGGCCGAGGGCUGGGAAAGAUGCAACGUGUAGAAAUGGGAUUGAUAAUAGAAAAUCAACUCAAGAGAAUCCACUGAGAAAGAAGGCCAGAAAACCUUCUGAUGUUUCAGUUCCUUGCACAAAAAAGAAAGAAACUGCAAAGAGAUCAUACAAGUGUGACCUAGAAGGUUGCACCAUGAGUUUUGAGACAAAGGCAGAGCUACAGUUGCACAAGCGCAACCGGUGCCCAUACGAAGGCUGUAGGAAGAGAUUUAGCUCCCACAAAUAUGCAAUAAUUCAUCAGCGUGUUCACGAAGAUGAUAGACCUCUCAAAUGCCCAUGGAAGGGUUGCUCCAUGUCAUUCAAGUGGGCAUGGGCUAGAACUGAGCAUACACGGGUGCAUACCGGAGAGAAGCCAUACAAGUGCAAGGUGGAGGGUUGUGGCCUUUCUUUCAGGUUUGUAUCAGACUUUAGCCGGCAUAGAAGAAAAACGGGACACUAUGUGAAUACGCCUGGCUGAAGAUUUGUUGUAUUGAUGUGAAUUGGAUUUUGGGGGGCCAAAGAGGCCUACAAAAUCAUGUAUAAACUCGAGCAUUCCACAUAGGUAUAGACUAGAGUUAAGCUGAUCCUUUUGUAGGAUGGGGGCAUUCUCCAAUUAUUUGAAUGCAAUGAAUGAUGGUUGAAAACCCUUUUUGUGUUUUGGCUUGUCUAUAUCAUUCCAUACUGUUUUCUUUUGAGUAGAACUCUACUGCAAUUCUGAUAAACUAUUUUCAUAUAUAGAACUAUCAUUCAAGGAUUCAUGUUGUUCAAGAUAAAUAUAAACAAGAAAUGUUCAUCUUUCUGUUCAAGGUGUUGGAGCACGAUAACUUGAUUUUCAUAUAUUCUUAGGCUUCAUGACAUGUAUUGCAGCCCAUGACUUCUAUUUCCUUUGUCAAAGUUCUUGGUAGAGGUUUUCCUUAAGUAAUAACAUCCGAACAGGGGCAAGCAGAGUGUCCUUGUGAAAAUGGGUAAGCGUAAGAGGCGUUGGAAGCUGAGAUUUUUAUUAAAUUAAUAAUAUUUAUUCAUGUGGACAAAUUUACCCUUAUCUUGUAAUCUUUCGCAGCCCACUCCUCCAACUAUAAAAGCCCACCCAUUAUCCAAAGCCCCUCUGCUAAUUUUAGAAACUCACCAUUCUACGCAUUCCGCAUAAAAAUGGCAGCCGCUGCUCCACCGCCUCCCCCAACCCCUGCACCGGAGGCUCCCACCGGCCUCCCUGACUCCGAAUCCACCCCCGUCGGCUACCCUCUCUUCUCCAGGAUCCGCCUCGCUACCCCCAAUGAUGUCCCCCACAUCCACAAAAUGAUCCACCAAAUGGCCGUCUUCGAGCGCCUCGCUCAUCACUGUGUUGCCACCGAAUCCUCCCUCUCCGCCACCCUCUUCAACCAUCUACCUUUCCAAUCCUUCAGCGUCUUCCUCCUGGAGGUUUCCCCCAACCCUCUUCCCAAUAUCGCUUCCCCAAACUUCAUACCCAUUGAGCGUAUCAUGCAGUUAGACCUUCCUGUCAUCGACCCAGAAGCCGAAAUCUUCAAAAGUGGUAGUAAUGAUGUUGUGGUAGCUGGGUUCGUUCUCUUCUUCCCUAACUACUCAACGUUUCUAGCGAAGCCGGGGUUGUACGUGGAGGAUCUGUUCGUGAGGGAGUGUUACAGGAGGAAAGGAAUGGGGAAGAUACUGCUGUCGGCAGUGGCUGCUCAGGCGGUGAAAAUGGGGUAUGGGAGAGUGGAGUGGGUGGUACUUGAUUGGAAUGUGAAUGCUAUUAAGUUUUAUGAGGAAAUGGGUGCUAAGAUUUUGACAGAGUGGAGGAUUUGCAGGCUGACUGGUGAAGCUCUUGAGGCUUAUCGUGAUGCCAUUUGAGGGUUUCAGGCUAAAAAUAUUUGAAUAAAAAUGUUGUUUAAUUUCUGCAAGUAAUUUCAUCCGUUAUUGAAAUUUUUGAUUUCAAUGAUAUUAGAAUUAGAUUCCUUUAGA